UUAAAUUAAUUUUUUCAUUUUUUUCCCAUCCUCAUUUGCCUAACAAUAACAUGAUUUUCAAUUUACCUUGUUGCUCAGUUACCAGUAUCAACUAAAUUCAUUAGUUUACAAAUAUCUUCCAAAUUAACUGGCUUUUAUAAAAUUUCAGUUGAAUAUAUAAUUUUUGGAUAUUCUUUAUGAUUUUUAUAAAAAUUAUUGACCUGUGUUAUUGAGUGUGUGGUACAAAAACUGGGCAAAAUGCGUGAAUGUAUUUCAAUGCACGUGGGCCAGGCGGGCGUACAAAUGGGUAAUGCGUGCUGGGAGCUGUACUGUCUCGAGCAUGGAAUCCAACAAGAUGGAACAAUGCCAUCCGACAAACUAUCGAGUUCAAACGACUGUUUUAACACCUUUUUUAACGAGACUGGUUCUGGAAAAAUGGUCCCACGCGCGGUCAUGGUGGAUCUAGAGCCAACGGUAGUCGACGAAGUCCGCGCUGGCCCAUACAGACAGUUGUAUCAUCCGGAACAGCUGAUAACCGGCAAAGAAGAUGCUGCGAAUAAUUACGCUCGAGGUCACUACUCGAUCGGAAGAGAGGUCAUCGAGUCUGUGAUGGACCGAGUUCGUCGUUUGACAGACCAGUGCACCGGACUUCAAGGGUUCUUUGUCUUCCACUCGUUUGGUGGCGGAACUGGAUCCGGAUUCACUUCUCUCCUCAUGCAAAAACUCUCUGAAAGUUACGGGAAGAAGUCUAAAUUAGAAUUCGCAAUCUAUCCAGCCCCGCAAGUUUCGACGGCAGUAGUGGAACCUUACAAUGCGAUUCUAACAACGCACACAACAAUCGAACACUCCGACUGCGCUUUUAUGGUCGACAACGAAGCUAUCUACGACAUUUGCCGUCGUAAAUUAGGGAUCGAACGACCGUCUUACGCAAAUUUGAACAGGCUGAUAAGCCAAGUGGUUUCAUCGAUCACUGCGUCCCUUCGAUUCGAUGGUGCCUUGAACGUUGACUUGACCGAAUUCCAGACCAAUCUGGUUCCAUAUCCCCGGAUUCAUUUUCCUCUUGCGAGUUACGCCCCAGUUGUUUCCGCCGACAAAGCUUUCCACGAGGGUAUGUCCGUCGCCGAGAUCACGUCCGAAUGUUUCGAUCCAACUAAUCAGAUGGUUAAAUGUGACCCGCGGGAGGGAAAAUACAUGGCAUGCUGCCUUCUCUACCGGGGCGACGUUGUCCCAAAGGAUGUAAACGCGGCGAUUGCUGCCAUGAAAGGAAAAAGCUCCAUCCGUUUUGUCGAUUGGUGUCCAACAGGCUUCAAAGUCGGGAUCAAUUAUCAACCACCAACUGUGGUUCCUGGGGGGGACCUCGCUAAGGUUCAACGAGCAGUGUCAAUGCUGUCGAAUACCACAGCCAUUGAGGAGGCGUGGGCCAAGCUGAACCAUAAAUUUGAUCUGAUGUACAACAAAAGAGCUUUCGUUCAUUGGUACGUCGGUGAGGGAAUGGAGGAAGGAGAGUUCGCCGAAGCUCGUCAAGAUCUGGCUGCCCUUGAAAGAGAUUACGAGGAAGUUGCGCUAGAAACAUCCACGCCGGAUGCCAUUGAGUACUAACGGUCUUCGAUAGAAUCCGUCGUUAAUUUUUAGAAUGAUAUUUUCGCCACAAGAUCUAGACUGAUUUACUCUGUUUUUUAUACUCCGAUUUUGCUACUAAUUUUUUUACAACUUUUUUUUUUUUUUUUUAUCAAACGUAAUCUUGUGGCGUUAAAGAUGAGAUCAGAAUCUUCGAUAUUGGGCUAUUGCUAAUUUCCCAAAGAUUAUUUGUAGACAGCACACCGCCGCCAGCACCAAACUAAAAGUAUAUGAAUAUAAAGAAGUGCCUGGACGACGCGGUAAGGCAGACGGAAUGACGGUAUUCAAAUAUUUGAAUCUUCGAGUAUCGCGAUUAUCAUGGAAAUUUGUAUUCAAAGUCACCUUGCCCGUCGAAAGGGUUUCCCUUUAAUUUUCCCUAGAUUAGCCAAGUCAAGUGAAUCAAGAAACGCCCAGAGCAGCGCCCGCGCUAGUUCUUAGUGCCUAAUAAUUAUCUCACGUCAUACAAAACAACAAUCAUCACGGUUAAAAAAAUGAUUACAAUAUUUUAUCGGGUCGACUCAAGAAUCUCAGGUGAAACUCGACGAUAAAAAUAGAAAACUACUUUAAUUCGAAUAGUCAAAUUCUGUGCAUGUGAUGAAAUCCAAAAUCCCUAUCCCUCAAUUGAAACGUGAAAUAAGUUGCACGGCCGUACAGCUCGCGAAACGGAGAA